AUUACAGUUUUAGUAGUCGGGGUUAUGUGUGAAUUGAAGAUACCAAAAAAAUAUAUUUCGAAUAGUCUAGAUAUGAAAAUAGCGUUGACCGCAAAUUGCUUCAUACAGUUCCGUCGUCGCAUGAAACUAAUGAAGAAGGCAGACUUUGUUACCACCACCAAGAUAUAUCUGAAUGAAAGCCUUGAUAUAGACCCCAGUUUUAUCGCCAACUCCACAGAGUUAUUUGGAUUGAAAGUUGAUAAAGUCGGCUUUAAAUAUUCAACAGCCGCAUCGCAGUUUAUGAAUAAACAGAUAGAAAGAGAAAUGUUAAAAAGAGUUACUGACGUCAUCGAUGCUAAUGAUGUCAACGUUAAUACAUCUAUGGUCAUCUUGAAUGCGGCACAUUAUAAGGGUACCUGGGAAAAGCCAUUCUAUCCGCAAUUGACGAAAGACAAAAAGUUUUAUAACCUCAAAGGUGAAAUUUCAAAAACACCAAUGAUGGUGACCAUGGAUGAUGUACCUUUCUUAGACGACCCUAAUCUCGAUAUCAAGAUGAUAACAUUGCCGUUUCUGCAAGAGUCCAUAACGUUUGUGAUGCCAUUGAAUGCCAGCCAGCUGCCAUUUUUCAUCGACAGGAUACACAAAGACGCCGAACUAAUGAAACAACUGAAGAGUCGCAUGACCAGAAAGGUCCUCAACAUAUCAAUACCAAAGUUUAAGAUCAAAACGUAUGUUGACUGGACAGGAUUCUUAAGAUUGAUUGGCAUUAACCAAAUAAUGAACACAACAUACUCUGGGCUUCAUCACAUGCUGAAAAGGGGUAGCACUGACAACGUAUAUUUGAGCAAGAUUAAGCAGAAAAUUGUUAUUGAGUUGGAUGAGUUUGGAAUCAGAAGACCUCGCAGAUUGGAAGAAAUCCAGGAUUUCAAAAGGAACCAGAACUUCAUGGAUAGAGCUGACGAAGUUUUGCUGGACAGGCCUUUCUACUUCGCCAUCUCCUUCCGGGACCGCACUGGAGAAUACGACAUUUUCCAAGGAACAUAUUAUGGGCCACAGGAGAUUUAG